AUGCGUUCCUUGAUUCCAGCCCUGGCACUUCUACGGACCGUCGCUACUUUGAAUUUGACAGCUUCCUCUGGUCCAUACAACAUGUCGAACUCGUCAUUAAUGAGCAUUGAAGAGACUUGCGUUGCUCUAGAGGCUGCUGGCGUCAGAGUGUACCGGCCCAACAGCACGGAAUACGUCGCCCGUGAGGCCGAUUACUACUCGGCUUCGGCCCGUCGGAGCCCAUCGUGCAUUGUUCAACCGACUAGCACCGAGCAGGUCUCACAAGUGGUCAAGAGUCUGAAGGAUGCGUCCAUGACUAAUUGGGCUGUCCGCUGUGGUGGUCAUAUGGCGUGGGGACCUGCGGCUGACAUACACGAUGGAGUCACCAUCGAUCUUGGACUCAUGAACAAGACAGCGUACGACGCCGACAAUAAGGUAGCCAAGAUCCAGGGCGGAUCGCUGUGGCAAGACGUCUACUCGACUCUUGAGACUUUUGGCGUCACCGCGCCAGGCGGCAGAACUUCCACCGUGGGAGUGGGUGGCUUCACUCUUGGCGGUGGCAACAACUUCUUUAGCGGCAAGGUGGGCUUUGCCUGCGACAACAUUGUCAACUAUGAAGUUGUCCUGGCUACUGGUGAAAUUAUCCAGGCAAACAGCGAACAGAACCCCGAUCUCUGGAAGGCUCUCAAGGGCGGCUCCUCCAAUUUCGGUAUCGUAACGCGCUUUGACAUACAAGCGUUUGAACAGGGCAACAUCUACGGCGGGCUCGUCAUCCACCCCAACAGCGCCACGAACCAGGUCGUGGCGGCAUUCUCAAAUUUCGUCGACAAUAUUGUCAAUUAUCAAUUGGGGUCAUGUUUCUCCUUCUGGUCGUGGGUUGCGGGGUCCAACGAAACCGUCAUUAUUUCGGCGCUGCAUGAUACUACUGGAACUGUCAACGCGUCGGCAUAUGCAGAGUAUGCGGCCAUUGAGCCGACCGUAUCUUCAACCCUUCGAGAGGAUACUCAUUUGAAUUUCGCAAAGGAGCUCGAGUUCGCCAAGGGUAACCAAAAUGUUUGGUUCGCCAUCACCGUCAAAAAUGACCCCGAGAUUCUACAAUUUAUUGUAGAUCAGCACAAUGCCUUUAUUACCAACUGGAAAAAUGCUACAGGUGAUGAGACCUUUAGCCUCUACACCGUCUUCCAGCCCCUUCCCAAGAUUCUGUUUGACCACGGCGUGGAAAGAGGCGGUAAUGUGUUGGGCAUGGACCGAGAACAAGGCAACAGUGUGCUCUUUCAGGUUUUCAUGGUGUUCCAGGGCUCAGAGCUGGAAGACACGGCGAGGGCGCACCUGGUUUCAUAUCGCGAGACUGUCAGGCAGCGCAGCCUCGAGACGGGCACUGACGUCGAGUUCGCGUACCUCAACUAUGCCGACAAGACGCAGGAUCCGAUUGCGACCUAUGGCCAAGAGAACAUUGCCUUUCUGCAGCAGGUGUCGGCCAAGUAUGACCCAGAGCAAAUUCUGCAAACACGGGUUCCGGGAGGUUUCAAGUUGCCGAACACUAAUACCACGACUCUUUAA